AUGAAGUUCCUCCAGAAGCUGGCGGGUUACCCCCGUCUACUUUUGGCAGCGAACCCAUCGCAGCUCGAUAUUGGCAUGCUCCUCACCGGCCUGGCUAGUGCGAUAGCAUCUGGUGUCCCGUUCCCGAUCAUUGGAAUCAUCUUUGGUCAACUGCUUGAUGACUUCAACUCCGUCAGCUGCGAGGAAAGUAGUGGUACAAGCACUUCAGAGUCCAAUGCGAGCUACCAAAGCGAAAUCAACAGCAAGAUCUUGUUGAUUUUGUAUCUGGCCAUCGCCCAAUUUGCCUUGAUUUAUGCCCACCUCACAUGCUGGACCAUGUACGGUGCUCGUCUAUCUCAGAGAUUACGUGAAACCUAUCUGCAAAACCUGCUUCGACAAGAACCUUCGCAUUUUGACGACUUACCACCUGGCGAAGUUGCUUCUCGACUCAGCAGUGACAUUCAGACUAUUCGUUCAGGUACAUCGGAGAAGGUUGGCAUUGUAAUUGGUGCCAUAUCUUUCUUCGUGACGGCUUAUAUUGUCGCAUUCAUCAAAUAUUGGGAACUCGCAGCAAUUCUCCUCUCAUUGAUUCCCGCCUAUCUCCUGAUGUCAUUCGUUGGAAGUCACUAUAUCGAGAAGUAUACCGGGUUAAUGUCUGAUUAUGCUGCCUCCGCCGCAACAAUUGCCUCCGAGGCGCUUUCCAACAUUGUCGUGGUGCAGGCUUUCGGCGCAAAUGCCCGACUAGAGGAAAAGUUCUCCCGAGCUCUGAAGCUAGCAGAACACGAAGGCUUGAAGAAGGCAGCCGCUGUCGGCACUCAGUCCGGAGUCUUGUAUUUCAUCGCUUACAGUGCCAAUGGUCUGGCCUUUUGGCAAGGUGCUCAGCGCAUUGCUGAUGCAGUGAGUGACGAUUCCGCAGGACUCACUGUUGGCGCUACUUUUACAGUGAUUUUCAUUCUGAUUGAAGCCACUUUGUUGUUGAGCCAGGUCGCGCCAUUCCUCCAUCUCUUCGUUCAAGCCGUUGCCUCUUAUGCGAAACUGCAUGAAGACAUUCAUCGUCAGCCCUUGAUCGACGGCACUACCACCUCAGGGCUUCGCAUCUCGGAUGCAGAGGGUGGAUUUGAGUUCAAGGAUGUUUCUUUCAUUUAUCCAUCCCGACCUGAAAUCAAAGUGCUGGAUAAUAUCACAAUCUCUCUACCUGCCAAAAAGCACACUGCCCUUGUUGGUCUUUCUGGAAGCGGCAAGUCAACUAUUGCGGGCCUCGUCACUCGGCUCUAUGAUCCAACGGAAGGACAAAUACUUUUCGAUGGCAACGAAAUACGCGAUGUCAACCUCCGCGAUUUGCGAGGCUUUUGCAGUCUGGUUCAGCAGGAACCUUCUCUUCUAGACCGUUCUUUGCUUGAGAAUAUCGCACACGGCCUGAUCAAUUCCAGCAACCCGAGUCAUGAAAUUUUGAAGGAGACACUUCUUAGCUCUGCCAUUGCUGACCUAGCAUCGGAGGUCAGAGAUGGCAAGGAUCUCGUGGCAGCAGCAGAGGCACGGGGCCCGGAAAUUGUUGAAAUUGUCAAUCUCGUCCAAAACGCGGCGGUCCUAGCAGAUGCAGAUGGAUUCAUCUCGAAGUUGCAGUACGGGUAUGGCACAUCUGUCGGUUCAAGUGGACGUCUCAUCAGUGGUGGCCAGAAGCAACGCGUGUCACUUGCUCGAGCUUUGGUCAAGGACCCCGCAGUCCUCAUUCUGGAUGAAGCGACAGCAUCUCUUGAUUCAAGAAGCGAGCAACGUAUUCAAAAAGCAAUCAAUAACAUCUCUACCGGUCGGACUGUGAUUACAAUUGCCCAUCGCCUUUCAACAAUUACCAACGCCGACAACAUCAUCGUUAUGCACAAGGGUAACCUUGUGGAACAGGGCAAUCAUGCAACCUUGAUGGCCAAGAAUGGAACCUACGCCGAACUCGUUAACCUCCAAACUCUCGGAUCUGCGUCUUCGAACGAUAGAUCUUCACAUAAAGACACUGCUAGCAAGUCUGAUCAAGUCUCCUUGACCGACACGGAGAAUGAGAAGAUCAGUUUGUCGCAGGAUCACCUUAAAAAGCAAGAGGAAAACCAGGUGUCGGCAACUGAAACCCCAGCAGCUGAUUCAAGUGACGAGGAAGAAGAGCCGGAAACUCCUCGUAAAUCUCUGUGGGCAUUGGUGAAGGGCUACGGCCCAGCUGUGAGACCCCAUCUCUUGAUGAUCUUUGUGGCUUUGCUCGGCGCAAGCAUCGUUGGUGGAGCUUUCUCUGGAGAGGCAGUCAUCUUUGGCAAUACAGUCGGAAGUUUGAAUCCUUGCAAGGGAGCCGAUAGCAUUCGAUCUCGCGGUGACUUCUACGGCCUGAUGUUCUUUGUUUUGGCUAUUAUCGAGUUUUUCGCGAACUUUGCCAGUUGGACUGGAUUUGGCUGGGUCUCUGAAAAGGUCGUGUACUCGGUCAGAGUCCUGUCGUUCCGGUCGUUGUUUGAGCAAGACCUUCAGUGGCACCAGUCUAAUGGCCGUACUCCCGCAAUGCUUCUUUCCUAUAUCACUCGAGACGGUAAUGCCCUGGCCGGUCUGAGCGGCUCUGUGAUCGGCUCGCUAUUUUCCAUUACCGUCAACCUUAUUGCUGCGAUUAUCCUCACUCACAUCAUUGCCUGGAAGAUCGCCCUUGUUUGUCUGUCUUUGGUGCCACUUCUCCUUGGAGCUGGCUUAAUGGAGCUUCAUGUGCUUGGGAAAUUCGAAGAGCGCCAUGAAAAUGCAUACACGAAGUCUGUCGACAUCGGCACAGAGGCAGUUACAUCUAUCAAAACAAUCGCUUCACUUUCUCUGGAGGAGGAGACUUUGAAGACCUAUCGGCGGUCUCUAAAGGGACCUCGGCAGGAGACUUUCAAGGUCACAGUGCUUGCAAGUCUCUGGCAGGCUAUUACCUAUUUCCUUGGUAAUUGCGUCAAUGCCCUCGCAUAUUGGUGGGGUGCCAAGCAGAUCAUUGCAGGAACUUACACACAGACCCAGUUCUUGAUUGUAGUGUUCUCACUCCUUGUGAGUGCGCUUCUCUGGAGUCAAAUGUUUGCUCUCGCGCCUGAGCUUUCGAAUGCACGCGCUGCAAUGGCAAGAAUCCUGUGUCUGAUUGAAAUUGGAUCGGACGGAAUGCAAGGACACAUCCGUGGUCCUGCUCUUACCGAGCCCACAGAGACCGACCCCGAAGCUAAAGGAGAUCCCAAACUUACCAUCUCUAGUGGUGCUUCAAGUGUCCAAUUCCACGAUGUUCAUUUCGCCUACCCAGCUCGACCUGAUAUCAAGGUUUUGAAUGGGUUAAGCCUGGAUAUUCGACCGGGCAAAUUCUGUGCCCUUGUUGGGCCUAGUGGUGCAGGUAAAUCUACCAUCAUUUCUCUCGUCGAAAGACUAUAUAAGCCAGAAUCAGGCGGUAUUAUCAUCGAUGGAGUUGAUGUGACCAAGCACCAAGAUGUGGCAUUCCGCGAGUCAAUUGCUCUGGUCCCACAAGAAAGUGUUCUCUUUGAGGGGAGUAUCAAGUUCAAUAUCAGCCUCGGUUCUAGACCUGACCACGAAGCAACCAUGGAAGAAAUUGAAGAGGCAUGCAAACUCGCCAAUAUCCAUGAGGUCAUCAUGGGAUUACCUGAUGGUUACGAAACCCUUUGCGGACCUAAUGGCAAUCAGUUCUCUGGAGGACAGAAACAGCGACUUUCGAUUGCCCGGGCGCUCGUUCGGAAGCCGAAGCUUCUAAUUCUCGAUGAGUCAACCAGUGCCCUGGAUGCUGAAUCAGAGAAGCUCCUGCAAGACGGGCUUGAAAAGGCUGCGAGGGGGAUCACGGUCAUCGCAAUUGCUCAUCGUCUGCACACUAUCCGCAAGGCAGACACCAUCUUCUUGAUUGAGGCUGGGCAGUGCAUUGAUCAUGGGUCGCAUGAGGAGUUGCUUGAACGGUCGGAGAGUUACCGAGAAAAUGUCAUGCACCAAACAGUGGCUACUUGA